AUGACAGCCGUCACAACAAUCGUAUUUAACAAAGUACCUGUAAAAACACAAAUCAACUCUAUUUCACUGCCUCCAACAAAAUUUCCGGACAGAUGUCAAACUGCGUUUUUUGCAAAAUCAUCUCUGGAAAUGCCCCAGGUGAAAUUUUUUAUCAGGAUGAUAAAGUUGUUGUGUUCAAGGAUAUUAAACCAGCGGCCAAAUACCACUUUUUAGCUAUUCCGAAGGAGCACAUUAUUAAUGUAAAUAGUCUGACCUUUGAUCAUAUACAAUUAAUUGAACAUUUAAUAGUGAAAGGUAAAGAGGUUUUGAUCGAAAAAGGAGGUGAUGUGAAUGAUGUGCGCCUGGGAUUCCACUUACCACCAUUUAACUCUGUGUCACAUUUACACUUGCAUGUGCUAUCGCCAGCGUCAGAGAUAUCAUUAAUAGGGCGGUUAAUUUUUAGGCCUAAUUCGUGGUGGUUUUCUUCAGUGGAUCAAAUCAUAAAAAAAAUUCAGAAUACAAGUAGGCUGUAACAGUUUUGUAUUAUAUUUUAUUGGUGAGAUUAUAAGACAUGUUACAUUAAAAAAAUAAAAUUAAUACACUUUAA